CCUCCCCGGGGACUGCCACCGCGUCGGCUGCCGGCCCCUCGGGUCCUCGGAGGGCAGCUGGGACUCGGCCCCGGGCUGCAGGCGGGGUCGCGCGGCGCUGGGGGCGCCACCUCGGCCGGCGCGGCGGGAGGAGGCUGUCUAGACGUCGGGCGGCCCGCGCCCGCCUUCCCCGCCCCCACCGGAGCCUCGGGCCUGUGGAGCGCGCGGCGGGCGGAGAGGGGCACCCGCCCGGGGCGUGCGGACGGGGACCGAGCCGGGUGGACGAGUAAAGGCAUGACUUCCCGGCGCCGCAGGGAAAAUAGGGUGCAAGCCCAGAAACUCUUUCCCCACCACCACCUGUUGAAAAACUGAUUUCGUUCGUCGAAGGCGUCUCCGGAUCCGAAGGAACGGAAAGUUGCUAGGAUUGGAUGCAUCUCUAGUGUUGCACCGGAAAACCGUCGCUAGUUAAUAUCAAGGAGAGAGAGAGAGAGAGAGAAAAGAACUGGAAAUUAAGCCGAAGAACCUUACUCAGUCAAAAUGGAACGUUUUGUAGUAACAGCACCCCCUGCUCGGAAUCGUUCUAAGACUGCUCUGUAUGUGACCCCUCUGGAUCGAGUCACCGAGUUUGGAGGUGAACUUCAUGAAGACGGAGGGAAACUCUUCUGCACUUCUUGCAAUGUGGUUUUGAAUCAUGUUCGCAAGUCUGCCAUCAGUGACCACCUCAAGUCAAAGACUCACACCAAGAGGAAGGCAGAAUUUGAAGAGCAGAAUGUGAGGAAGAAGCAGAGGCCGCUGACUGCAUCUCUCCAGUGCAACAGUACUGCGCAAACAGAGAAAGUCAGUGUUAUCCAGGACUUUGUGAAAAUGUGCCUGGAAGCCAACAUCCCCCUGGAGAAGGCCGAUCACCCAGCAGUCCGAGCAUUCCUGUCUCGACAUGUGAAGAACGGAGGAUCCAUACCUAAGUCAGACCAGCUGAGGAGACCUAUCUGCCUGAUGGAUAUGAGAAUGAAAAUCAGCUCCUCAACUCACAAGAUUGUUGACAAGGCAGUUAUGACCAUUGUGAUCAAGAUAAAUAAUGUGGAGUAUUAAAGUUAAUGUGUUGA